AUGUCGUCGGCGCUUCCACUGCCGGAACAGCAAGAUAACGUCAGGCCGCGGCGUGUUCUCGCAUGCGUGUUGUGCCAACAACGCAAGGUCAAGUGUGACAAGAAAUUUCCAUGCGAAAACUGCGUCAAAGGUAAUGCGCAGUGCAUCCCAGCGACUGCGACCGGUCCUGGCCAACGUCGGCGCAGAUUCCCCGAGCGGGAGUUGUUGGAUCGCUUGAGGUAUUACGAAGAACUGCUUCGACAAAACAACAUUCAGUUUGAGCCUCUGCAUGGAUCUACAGCCGGAUCUUCACGUCCAGACGAGGGACUCAGCUCUGGGCAGAUAAUAGAAGACGAUGGUCAGCCUGCCAAUCCAGCCUCGGAAAUCGAUCGUUCCUCGAGCCAGAAAACGACGAUUAAAUCGGAGCCCGUGAACUUUUGGCGAGCUCUGAGUAAGAAGAAUUUGGGUCUCGAGGUCGAUGAUGACAGUGGCGAAAGCGACAACGAUAUCCUUGGUGAGAACAGAGGGCUGUCAAAUGCCAAAGGCUAUCUGCACAGGGCCGGGAUUAGAAAGGCGUGGAACCGUACUUUCAGUAACAAAGAUAGUGAGCACCUCUUACUCGGCUCAUCUCCGAGCAAUGUGGAUCUUGCGACACUGCACCCUGAGCAGGCUAAAGUCUUCAAACUGUGGCAGAUCUAUCUUGAUAAUGUCGACCCAAUACUCAAGGUCACACAUUCUCCAACCUUACAAGCACGUAUUAUUGACGCACUCGGCGAUAUCACAGCUAUUGAUUCUGCGUUGGAGGCCCUCAUGUUUAGUAUAUACUGUGUGUCUAUUUUGACUCUCGACGAAAACGAGUGCCGUUCCCUGUUCGGCCUGCCACGGAAUGACCUUCUGUCGAGCUAUCAGUUCGCGUGUCGGCAAGCGUUACAAAAUUGCCACUUCUUAAGGACCAGCGAUAGAGACUGCUUGACAGCGUUGUUCUUAUAUCUAAUCUCGGUCCGGAGCGAAACAGAUCCUCGGUCAAUGUCUUCAAUGUUUGGCAUUGUUAUUCGUACCGCGAAACGUAUGAGUAUUCACGAUGAAUCUUCUUAUACCAAGUGUGCUCCGCUAGAAGCUGAGAUGCGCCGACGCUUGUGGUGGUCGAUAGUUAACUUCGACAAUCGUAUCUGCGAAAUGUUCGAUCAUCAAAACUCGACACUAUCACCAACAUGGAAUUGCAAAAUUUUGCUGAACGUCAAUGAUUUUGAGUUUCGAGCCGAGAUGAAGACUACGCCCACAAUUCAUGGAAAUCCAACCGAGGCAAUCUUUGCCGUUGUGCGAAGCGAGCUGGGUGAUUGUGUCCGCCACAGCCUCUACCACCUUGACUUUAUCAAUCCAUUAUUAAGGGCCAUGGUUAAGGGCGUGAAAGACUUGGACGCUUUGGAGAAAAGGAUAGAAGCCACUUAUCUCGCACACUGUAAUCCUGAAAACCCGCUUCAUUUUAUGACGAUUUGGUGGGCGCGCAGCUAUAUCGCAAAGUGUCAUCUGAUGGAGUAUUAUUCGAGAUCAACGGAGAAGGCCCCGAUUGCCCAGGGUACACGAAUCACGGUCUGCGCGUUGAGAAUGCUUCAAUACGAUACCAAGCUAAUGACCUCGCCCCUCAGUAGAGGAUAUCGCUGGUUCAUCGAGUUCCACUUUCCGUUUCCAGCCUACAUGCACGUCAUCCAGCGUCUCAAGGCGAGACCGGAUGCAGAUUACGCUGAUGAGGCUUGGAGAGCAAUGAGUGAGAAUUACGAAGCACGUAUCAUGAACGAAAAGCGGGACAAAGGUUCUUUGAUUGUUAUCUUUUCCGCAAUAGUGCUCCAAGCGUGGGAGGCACGUGAGGUACUAUUUCGACAGCAAGGCAAGCAGUCCGAAACCCCACGGAUUGUGACGGAUCUUAGAUCCAGACAAAAGCCAGCCGAGCCGUUUCAAGAGCAAGGCGAGCAAAGCCAAACUCAUGAGAGCCUCGGAGGUCUGAAUAUAGACGACUUUCCACCACAAAUGGAUACGGACGCAGGCAUGCCAUACGGCAAUGGAACAUUUGGCAUGAUGAGUUCAGCAUCCUGGGGUUAUCCUAAUAUAUCUGGGCAUGGAACAACACAUACCGGUGUACCCCAUUUCGAUUGGACGAGUAUGGAUUGGACGUACCCGCAAGGCACAUAA